AUCGGUUGAAACAAUUGGUUGAAUAUUAUGAAAAGGGGGAAACCUUAAGACUAGGGACUUUUCGCAAUGUACAAGAAGUUGUAUAAAAUGUAGGUGUCGCUCCGUACUGUGGAUGAAUUUCCUAGUAUCUUUUGAACAUAUUUAAACAUCCUUCCCAUUGACGAGCUUUAAACGUACCCCAGGUGCCUAAGCUGAUAAACCCAACAAAAUGGUUAAAAUUGCUGUAGCUGGUGGUUCUGGACAGGUUUCCAAGGAGAUCAUCGACGUCCUUUUGGAGUCAAAAAGGCAUCAAAUAAUCAUCUUGAGCAGGAAGGAAGCUCCAACAGGAAUUCCAGACGCACCUAAGCUUAAAUGGCAAGUGGUGGACUACAAUGAUAAGAAAGGCCUAGUCGAAGUCCUUCGCGGGACUCACACCCUCUUAUCCUUCGUCCAAACCCUCUCGGAUCCCGACCAGAAGUCGCAAAAGAAUCUAAUCGAUGCCGCUAUCGAAGCUGGCGUGAAACGCUUUGCGCCAAGCGAAUACGGAAGCAACGACACUGUUGACAUGGCUUGGUUACGAGUAAAGCAGAACAUCAGAGAGUAUCUUGAAGAUGUCAAUCAGAAAGGACAGGUUCUCGAAUACACACUAUUUCAACAGGGCAUAUUCUUGGACUACCUGGCCUAUCCCUACAAGACAUCUAAGCAUGUAGACCCCUUGCAGUCUGUCUUCGAUUUUGAGAAUAGACGUGCGAUAGUCGUGGAUGGUCAUGAGGACGCCAUCAUGACUCUGACUACUGUCGCAGAUUUGGCCAGGGUUGUUGCUCGAGCAGUUGAUUAUGAGGGCACUUGGCCCAAGGUAAGCGGGAUCAGAGGCAACAGGGUCACUUUCUCGCAAAUCGUUGAGAUUGGCGAGAGAAUUAGAGGACGUCCCUUCAUCGUCGAUAAAGUCAAAGUUGAAGACCUUGAGAAUGGGGAGCUGAAGACGAAUUGGAAUAUAAAAGCGAUUCAUAAAAUGGUCUCGGAGGACCAAGCAUUGGCUUUUCUCAAGGCUGUUUCCAUUGGCAUUUUGCUGAGCAGUUCAAAAGGUGCAUGGGAUAUUUCGGAUGAGUUGAACCAACUUUUUCCAGACUUCGAGUUCACUCAAAUUGAAGACUUCCUGACAAAAGUUUGGGAAGGAAAAAAAUAAGUUGCUAGCUAGUGCUUGGUAGUAGCUGUUGUAUGUACCUAGUACGCUGUAAAGAUAUCUAAGUGGGGUCGCUGGUCGACCCCACUAUGCUUGCUUAGGUACCUCCUGGCUGCCCGGGUUCAACACGUUACCGG